AUGCCCCAUGCCCCAGCAGCCGUGGAACCCGGGAGGGGGCUGGCCAAAAUUGGUGGGCAGUGUGAAUUGAAAGCCAUCGAAAAAGAGAAAACAGUUGCUGCCCUGUCACCCAAGGAGGCAAGCAAAUGCCACAAAGAAGAUUUGGCCAAAGCAUUUUAUGUGGACUUAGAAAAUGGGCUGUCUGAGUUCUCGGUGUCGCAACGGAGACAGGUCCAUGGCUGGAAUGAAUUUGUCGCUGAUAACACCGAACCCGUGUGGAAGAAAUAUCUUGAUCAGUUUAAGAACCCCCUGAUCCUGCUGCUCCUGGCCUCCGCCCUGGUGAGCGUCCUCACGAAGGAGUAUGAGGAUGCCGUCAGCAUCGCCCUGGCCGUGAUGAUCGUGGUCACUGUCGCCUUCAUCCAGGAAUACAGGUCAGAGAAAUCACUAGAAGAGCUAAGCAAGCUGGUUCCUCCCGAAUGUAACUGCAUAAGAGAAGGAAAGCUCCAGCAUCUGCUUGCACGAGACCUUGUUCCCGGAGACAUUGUGUCUCUUUCGAUCGGAGACCGGAUCCCUGCAGACAUCCGUCUCACUGAGGUCACGGACCUCCUGGUGGACGAGUCCAGCUUCACAGGAGAAGCCGAGCCGUGCAGUAAGACAGACAGCCCGCUGACAAGUGGAGGGGACCUCACCACUCUGAGCAACAUUGUCUUCAUGGGGACCCUGGUGCAGUAUGGGAAGGGGCAGGGAGUCGUGAUUGGAACAGGGGAAAGGUCCCAAUUCGGAGAAGUGUUCAAGAUGAUGCAGGCUGAAGAGACGCCUAAAACCCCACUACAAAAAAGCAUGGACAAGCUAGGGAAGCAGCUGACACUUUUCUCGUUUGGCAUCAUUGGCUUGAUCAUGUUCACUGGCUGGCUGCAAGGGAAGCAGCUCCUCAGCAUGUUCACGAUCGGGGUCAGCCUGGCUGUGGCUGCCAUUCCCGAGGGUCUGCCUAUUGUCGUCACGGUUACGCUGGUCCUGGGAGUGCUGCGGAUGGCCAAGAAGCGCGUCAUCGUGAAGAAGUUACCAAUCGUGGAGACCUUAGGUUGCUGCAGUGUCAUCUGUUCGGAUAAGACAGGUACGCUGACCGCCAAUGAGAUGACCGUCACCCAGCUGGUGACGUCUGAUGGGCUCCAUGCUGAGGUCAGCGGAGUUGGGUAUGAUGGCAAAGGGACUGUCUGUCUGUUACCCUCAAAGGAAGUCAUUAAGGAGUUCAGCAACGUCUCGGUGGGGAAAUUAGUAGAGGCAGGCUGUGUGGCCAACAACGCCAUCAUCAGAAAAAAUGCCGUGAUGGGACAGCCCACAGAAGGUGCGCUGAUCGCCCUGGCCAUGAAGAUGGACUUAAGUGAUACUAAAGAUUUGUACGUGAGAAAAAAAGAGAUUCCAUUCAGUUCGGAGCAGAAAUGGAUGGCAGUAAAGUGCAGCCCCAAGAAUGAGGACCAGGAAGACAUCUACUUCAUGAAGGGGGCCUUUGAAGAAGUGAUUAAUUACUGUACCAUGUACAACAAUGGAGGCAUCCCCCUGCCACUGACACCCCAACAGAGAUCCUUCUGCCAGCAGGAAGAGAAGAGGAUGGGGUCGCUUGGCUUGCGUGUGCUGGCCCUGGCCUCUGGGCCCGAGCUGGGGAGGCUGACCUUCCUGGGGCUCGUCGGGAUCAUCGACCCUCCGAGGGCUGGCGUGAAGGAAGCAGUGCAGGUGCUCUGUCAGUCGGGCGUGUCGGUGAAGAUGAUAACGGGCGACGGCCUGGAGACCGCCUACGCCAUAGGAAGGAACAUUGGCCUUUGCAACGGGAAGCUGAGAGCCAUGUCCGGGGAAGAGCUGGACAGUAUGGAGCAGGAAGAGCUGACUGACCGCGUCGGAAAGGUAUCUGUGUUCUUCAGGACCAGCCCAAAGCACAAGCUCAAAAUCAUAAAGGCUUUGCAGGAAUCAGGGGCAAUCGUGGCCAUGACAGGGGACGGGGUGAAUGAUGCGGUUGCCCUGAAGUCCGCGGACAUCGGGAUUGCCAUGGGGCAGACGGGGACAGACGUUAGCAAAGAGGCUGCCAGCAUGAUCCUCGUGGACGAUGACUUCUCAACCAUCAUGAAUGCGGUGGAGGAAGGCAAGGGGAUUUUUCAUAACAUCAAAAACUUCGUCCGGUUUCAGCUGAGCACGAGCAUCUCAGCCUUGAGCCUCAUCACUCUGUCCACUGUGUGCAACCUGCCCAGCCCCCUCAACGCCAUGCAGAUCCUGUGGAUCAACAUCAUCAUGGACGGGCCACCAGCACAGAGCUUGGGGGUAGAGCCGGUGGACAGAGACACCCUUCAGCAGCCCCCACGGAACGUCAAGGACACCAUCCUCGGUAGAGCCCUCAUCCUUAAGAUCCUCCUGUCGGCUGCCGUCAUCAUCAGCGGGACCCUCUUUAUCUUCUGGAAAGAGAUCCCCGCGGACAGGGCCAGCACCCCACGCACCACGACCAUGACCUUCACCUGCUUUGUGUUCUUCGACCUCUUCAACGCCUUGACCUGCCGCUCUCAGACCAAGUUGAUAUUUGAGAUCGGUUUUCUCCGGAACCCCAUGUUCCUGUACUCGGUGCUGGGGUCAAUUCUGGGGCAGCUGGCCGUGAUUUACAUCCCGCCCCUGCAGAAGAUCUUCCAGACGGAGAACCUGGGCGCACUCGAUUUGUUGCUUUUAACUGGAUUGGCCUCAUCUGUGUUCAUUUUGUCAGAGCUCCUCAAACUAUGUGAAAAAUUCUUCUCCAGAGCCAAGAAAGCCCAGACUCACCCAGAAGACAUCUAGUGGACCCCACCUGUGUAAAAAUCCCUAAAUCUCUAUUUUCUCGUGACUGUGGCCCUUCCCCUAGCCCCUCAUCAGAGGGGUGCUCUUAGG